AUGCCGUUCGGAAUAUCGAGUGCACCCAAAGUUUGGCAAAGGCAAAUGCAUGAGUUUGCUCAAGAUCUCAAUGGAUUUGAUAUCAUAGCAGAUGACCUCCUUAACGCGGGAUUUGAAGAAACAGGGGAGGAGGUCGAUCGAAGCUUGGAAACGAAUGAACCGGUAUUUUUCAAGAAAUGUCGUGAGUGGAACCUCAAGCUGAAUAAGGGGAAGUUGAAACGAUCACAGACAGAAGUCCGUUUCGUGGCACACCUCAUUACCGCUGAUGGCCUCAAAGCUGAUACAUAUGACACUGUCAAAACUCAAGAAGUCUCUAGCCAAAGCGCCGAUCCUGAGAUACUACGAUGUCAGCAAGAAAGUUACCAUUGA